AUGGCUUACAACAAGGUUGCUCUAAUUCUAUCUGCUGCUAUCGCUGCCACCAAGGUCGCUGCUAUCAGUAACAAUGAAAUCUCUGAAUUCAACGUUAUUUUGAGUGAUGUUAUGGGUCACUUGACUGAUUACAUUUCCUACGCUGAAAACGAUCCAAACUUCACCCUACCAGACCACGUUUUGGAUCUAUACAUGGCUAUGACCACCGCCACUGACGACUCCUACACUACCAUGUACGACCAAAUCAACUUCUCUCAAGUCACUGACGCUAUGACUAGAUUGCCAUGGUACUCCAGCAGAAUCUUGCCAAACGUCUCCCCAUUCUUGGAAGACAACGCCGCUUCUGCCGCUGCCUCCUCCGCUGCUUCUUCUGCUUCCUCUUCUGCUGCUUCCUCCGUUUCUUCUGAAGCUUCUGAAGCCUCCUCUUCCGUUUCUUCUGCCUCCUCUGCUUCCGUUUCUUCUUCAUCUGCUGCUUCUUCUUCUGCUUCCUCCGCAUCUUCCGCUGCCUCUUCUGAAGCCUCUUCCGCUUCCUCUGAAGCUUCUUCCAGAGCCUCUUCUGUCUCUUCUGCUGCUUCUUCUGCUGCUUCUUCCAUCUCUGCCUCUGCUUCCAGAGCCGCCUCUUCUGCCUCUUCCUCCGCUUCUUCCGCUUCUGCCGCUAGAAACGGUACCUCCACUUCUUCUCACAAGAACGCUGCUGGUAAGGAAUACGGUUCUGCCGCUGCCGGUAUGGGUGCUAUGUUCGUUGGUGCCGCUGCUUUGUUGUUGUAA